AUGGCGAAUGGAGGAGGAGAUCAUUCUGUGAUGAUUACAGUUGCUGCAGCCACAAGUAAUAUUCCAAUGACAUCAUUGGAGCAAAGAAUAGCGGAAACGAAAUGGCUACUGCAUCAUCCAUCAGCUGGUAACAGUUCAUGUUGCAUCUUUAAAGUACCACAAUGCUUUGUGGAAAUAAACAAAAACAAUUACCAACCUCAUAUAGUGUCCAUUGGUCCUUAUCACCAUGAAAAUAUACAUCUAGAGAUGAUGCAGCGGCACAGAUGGAGAUUUCUUCAUGAUCUUCUUGCUCGAACACAGCUAACUGGUCUGAGACUUGAUGACUACUUGCAGGCUGUUGCAGAAAGGGAAGAAGAUUUAGUUGAAAUGUAAGUGUUGGAUGGUCUCUUCAUUGUCGAACUUUUCUGCAAAGUUGGACUACUAUCACCUAGUGAUCCAGACGACUCCAUCUUUAACUUGGCAUGGAUAUUUCCUAAUCUCAUAAAAGAUCUUCUAAGGUUGGAAAAUCAUAUUCCAUUCUUUGUUCUUCAACUGUUAUUUGACAAAUCAAAAACUUCAACAAAAGAUAGUGACUCAUCUCUUGCAAGACUUGCUCUAGAAUUCUUGAAUUAUGCAAUCAAUAGACCCGAUGAAGUUUUGCAACAACAUUGUAGUGUUAAGGGAAAACAUUUACUUUAUUUGCUUCGCUUGAGCUUUGUCCCGUCUCCACAAGUAAAGCCUUCAAACAUUUCUGCAUUGGUUAAGUUACUCCAAUCGGCCAAGAAACCUCUAAGGGGAAUCAAGUGCAGCACAAAGAAGGCAGUGAAUAAGUUUCUAGCAGGGAUUAAGUACCAGACAAACAGUAAAGAUACAUCUUUACCGGUUCAAUUCAUCCAAUCAGCAAAAAAGCUUCAUCUGGCCGGAAUUAAAUUCAAGAAGGCGGAUGCAAUUAACUUCUUGGAUAUCAGAUUUGGCAAAGGAGUGCUGGAAAUUCCACACAUAUCACCAGACGAUCUACAUAUCGACAUCUUCUUAAAAUUUGUUGCAUUUGAACAAUGUUACUCUCAUUGCUCAAAGGACAUAACCACCUAUGCUGCAUUCAUGAGUUGUCUCAUCCGAACCCCUGCAGAUGCAACAUUUCUAUGUGACAACAACAUUAUUGAGAAUUAUCUUGGAACUGAGGAGGAGGUUGCUCAAUUCUUCAGAAACCUAGGUAAAGAUGUACCAUUUGAUAUUGAUGAGAGCUAUCUCCGGAAGCUGUUCAAGGAUGUGAAUGAGUACCAUAAAAAUGUUUGGCAUGUUCGAUGGGCUGGCUUCAGAUUCAAGUACUUUGAUACACCAUGGUCUUUCUUGUCUGCUUUAGCUGCUGUCAUACUGUUACUAUUCACUGCAGACGCAGUUCAGGCCUUCUUCGCAGUUUAUGCAUAUGUAAAGCCCCGUUAG